AUGAUGAGGACUUCCCCCUUGCUUUUUCUACAGGACAAAGCUAAGCUCCUAAGAUACAUAAGUGGGACUACGAACCUUGAGUUGGGCAAAAUAUAUUCCGAUCGUUUACUGUCUACUCAGUGGUCUCGUGAUAAUAUACCCAAGCAUUUUAAUGCUCCGAUCAAUAUUUACUCAAAACGUAAAGCAUCGGGAUUUGCUCACAAUGUUUGUAAUAUAAUGCCGAAUCCUUUCCAAAACGCGUCUGGUCUUCAAGUUCUUGAAUUUUUUAAAUCAAUGGUUUCAGAGCACGAUGUGUAUUGCCCUAAUGAGUAUAUAUCCGCAUUGGUGCUUUCGUCUUGUGUAAACUCUGGGCACCUUUUAUAUGGCAGACAAUGUCAUGGGUAUAUGUUAAAAUCGGGAUUAGUGUUCAAUAAGUACAUGGAAAACGCUCUUGUGUGCUUGCAUUCCAUGUUGCCAGAUGUGAUAGGGGCUAUGCAGGUUAUAGCUUCUAAUGAUAGAUUGGAUAUCCGCUCUUAUAAUCAGAUGUUGGAUGAACUUGUCGAGAAAGGUUUCUUGGAUGACGCAUUGAGUUUCUUAACGAGAAUGUCUGUUGUAGAUAAGGUGUGGAACAAAGCUACUUAUAUUGGUCUUUUUGGUCUUUGUUGUAAACUUGAUGAUUUGGACUUGGGGCGUGAAGUACACAACAAGCUGCUAAAAAGUAAUGUCGAGUUUGAUGUGUCUGUAUGCAGUGAAAUGAUUAAGAUGUAUGGGAUAUGUGGAGAUAUUUUAACUGCUGCAAAAGUUUUUGACAUGUAUGAAGUUCGAAACGUGGUUAUAUGGACAGCAAUGCUGGCUGCUUUAUCGGAUUACGGGUCGGUUGAGGAGUCGUUAGAAUUGUUUUCGGAUAUGCAGCAUGAGAAUGUUGCUCCAAAUGAAUAUACGUUUUGUGUACUACUCGAUGCUUGUGCUAAAAUAUUAUCUUUGAGAUAUGGUAGUUCGCUGCAUGCACUUUCACAUAAGACUGGAUUCAAGGAUCAUAAGAAUGUCGAGAGUGGCUUGAUUGACAUGUACGCGAGGAGUGGUGACAUUAAAGCUGCUGAAAAGGUGUUUUUAGGUUCGACUUAUCGUGAUACUUUAACCUGGAAUAUCAUGAUCGGUGGAUAUGCGUAUCAUGGCCUUGGUAGCAAGUCGUUGGCCUUGUUUAAAAAAAUGUUGGAAAAAGGGGAAGAUCCUAAUUCUUUGACUUUUAUCUGUGUUCUCAAUGCCUGUGAACAUAUGGGGCUUGUGGAAGAAGGGUACUACUAUUUGUACGAGUUCAUGGAACAAAAGGGUGUCAAACCUGGUUUAGAGCACUAUAUGUGUAUCAUUAGUAUUCUAAUAAGGGCUGCACGACUAAGAGAAGCUUUAUGUUUUAUUGCAUCGACACCAUUGAAAUGGCAUGAAUAUUCUUGGGUUGCCUUGCUCAAUGGUUGUCAGGAACAUCAAAACUCCUCUCUGUUCAACCGAAUUGAACAGUUGAUCCCUCAUGAUCUGACGCCUAAGGUGAGUAAGUUGUGUAGAGUCAGAAAGUUCCAUCGUCUGUUGAAACUAACUGCUCCAACCGAAGGCGGUGUGUGCAUGUUGGAUAUCAACAAAAAAAGAUAUGAGUUUCUUACGGUAGACAAUGAGGACCUAGAGUUUGAUGCGCUUGAUGACGUAAUGAAGCCGAUGUUUGAAGCUAUUAAUGACGACUCAGCUAAUCUUGAUGACAUUAAUGUUUCGGAUGAAAUGAAAGAAGAUCGUUCUGAUUAUCACAGCGAGGAGGUUGCAGUAGCUUAUGCCCUGCGGUACACACCUUACAUAGCAACGAUCCGUCUCAUAAAAAGCUCAGGGAGGAUAUGUGAUCGUUGCCACUCUCGAAUGAAAUUAAUUUCAAAAGUCAGACGUAGGAAGAUAAUGGUGAGGGACCAGCUCCAAUUCCAUAACUUCCAAGAUGGACGUUGCUCCUGUGAAGAUUAUUGGUGA